AGCGUUUAACUGCAGAGUGUGACAAUCGGCGAAAACAAAUUACAUUUCGAUUCAGAAAUAUCACUAUUACCUACGACCAAUUUUUUUUUUAAAUUUAUAAACAAAACGAAAUUGUACAACAUUCGAAACGGUUAUUUUUCUUUCAUUUAUUUUGAGAUUUAUUUUUAUUUUCAUUUCGGUGGCAUUUGCAAAUGUGUAUGAACAAGAUAAUUCGAUGCACAAAGCUCGAUUUUACACAUUACAAUUCACUUAAUUUAUUCGUUGUUUAGUUUUAUGUUCGAAAAGCAAUAAACAAUACGAAACGCAAUCAUGAAACCGAGUACACAGACAGCAGCCACCACAAAGUCCAUAUCAUCAUCAUCAUCACCGUCAUCGAAGUCAAAGACUAAGAAAUCAUCGUCAUCGUCAUCGAGCAGCAGCAGCAGCAGUAUCGGCAACACCAAUCAACACUCAUCCAGUACACACACAUUAACCGCACAACAACAGACCAGCACCGUUCAAUCAAAUCCAAAUCAUUUAAGUAACAGUAACGAUCAUGCAUCAUCUAGUUCAUCGUCGAGCCGAGAUAAGAAUAAUCAACGAACCUAUAUUGGAAUCAAUGCAAACAGUGUAAAAUGCAUAUGGGAGCAGAACAAUAAAGGUGAUAUUGAUUUGAAUCCGGACAUCUUACCAAUACUCGCCGAAGAUGCUAGCUACAAAUUAUGGGAAACAGUAAACAAUUUAAAAACAUUUGCCCGACAUUCGGGUGGAAAAUUAACAACAAGCAUUGUAAAUGAAUUGCUCAAAGACUGUAAUGUGCCGCCCAUCAUUGGUGCACAUUCAACGGCACGUGAAUGGAAGCGUUUAGAUUGCGAUGGUACGUUCUAUUAUCAGGCAGACGAUGUGAUCGAUUUACGUGAAGAGUAUUUACGUGAUGUGACACUUCAGCAAACCGGUCCAUUAACAUUAGAAGCAAACUGGGUGUCGAAUCAACGGAAUUUUCGUGAUCUAACCAAAUUAUGGCAAAGUAUAAUACUGGCAAUUGUGUUGGGCGAUGAUGCAGCCUUCCAAUAUACAUUGCAUACAACAUUGAUAAAUCCAUUUAUCGGUUGCAUUCUACCGCAUUUGGUACAAAAAACAAUUGAAUAUUUGGCCUUUGGUUGUACAGACGAUACACUUGAUCGAUUGUUACGCUUUCUUAAGGCGCUUGUACAAAAUUAUCAUAGUCGUGAUGUGGCCAACAAUGAGGAAUAUUUUAAUUUGUGUAAUUUAUUUGUGUGUCUAUUGGUCGGUCAAAUGGAUAUGAAAUCGAAAUUAGCGUACAUUCGAAUGGAGCGCGCAAAACAGGAAAAAUUGGAAAAACAACGCAACGAAAAAGAAGGAAAAAUGCCAGCCAAACCGAGCGUUUCACCGUUGGUGAAAAAUAUCAAAACGGAAUUUAUGGGCACAACAAAAGAUACACGAAAUUGUGGCGGCGGUGGCGGCGUAGGCGUUGGCAGUAGCAGCGGCAGUGUUGGUGGUGGUGAUGCUAGCGCCAGCACUGAAGGUGUUGAAAGUAGCGUGACCGUUGCUGAUAGUGGUGAAGUAGCCGCCGAUUCAGAUAAAGUGAUAAUCAAAGAUGAGUCCGAUUAUUCGAAUGAUGUGUACUCAAAUUAUGUGGUAAAUCCGGUGGCAAUAAGCAUUAAAACCGAAACACCUGACGAUCAACGAUUUUUUGAUUCCGAUUCAAAUAUGAAAUUUGAUGAUGGUAAUAUGUACAACACAGAUUUUCACGAUGAACCAAUGUUUGAUGAAAGUGGAAAAAAUGCGACUGAAAUAAAAACCGAAACGACCGAAAAUUUAUUGCGCGACGAUAAUAAAUGUGCGAGCACAAUAAAUGGUGAAAAUUUGCAUGGCUAUUGUAAUGAGGUAUUUUCACCGUUUGUCACCGGUGCGUGUAACGAUCGAUUUGUCGAUGAGGUAUGCAAAUUAAUUGGCUAUUUGUCCGGUAAAUGGGGUUAUUUUGAACAUGAAAUCACAUAUUUGCUGGCGAAACGUUUGGAGAUUUUCUUUUUCGAUAUGCGCAUCGACUGGUCAACAAAUGAAUUUAAAUGGCUGGCCCGUGUUAUACAAGCGCUUAGCGCACUCGGUGAAACUGCAUUUCGUGAAUUAACACUUUACUUCGAACACAUACCAUACGAACAUUUGCCCGAAUGGUUGAUACCGUAUUUUAGUUAUGGUGCCAUUUAUAUUCGAGGCCGAAAAGAUUUUUAUUUCUAUGAAUAUAUGCAAGAGGUGUGCGGUGAUUCGUUGAUACCAUUUUUAGUUUACCAUCCAAAGUAUGUGUGUAAAUUGCAAGCACGUGCUGUGGCCAAAAAACAACAAUCAACACAAUCGCCGUUGAAAAUUUGCUCAAAAUCAAUGAUUAAAUUUAUUGAACGCAAAGAUUUACCGAAAAAAUGUGACAAACCAUCAUCAUCAUCGUCGUCGUCGACGUCAUCAUCAACAACAUUAUCACCAACAUCUGUUGACACCGCAUUUCCAAAACGAACAAAAAAUAUUCGCAAAAUGGCACCGUCAUCACGACGAUUUGGUUUUAAAUUUGCUGGCUGUUGUCCGGUUAUGGCUAAAACAACCAUUAAACUUAGCACUGAACAACAAUUCAUUCAGUCAUUUGAAUUAUGUAACAAAUUGAAUAAGCUUAUUGUAAUUUGUAGACGAAAAUUGUUAAAACCGAUUUACAUAAAUCAUAAGACAAAUUUAAAUCACUUAACCGAUAUCAGGCAGUACAAUAUUUAGAAUUAGACAAAAUCAACACACAAACACACACACACUUGCAAAUACAAUUCAAUGCAAAUAAAAAAAAUAAAGAUGAGAAAACAAACAAAAACGAAAUCAAAAUAGAGAAAAGU